UCUGCUGAUACACAGUGCUUUUACUUGGAUUUUCAAUAAAUGUGUAAGUUUUAUAUUAACAUAGAAUCCGGACUCUCCUUUGUAUCUGUGUACCUAUUUUCAGUGCUUUUUGGAUGAAGGAAGCGCUAUCAUCUGGAUACCUACAGUUGUAUGCCUACAGGUGACGUCAUCCCACGCUCCAUUGCGCCGUAGGAAGAGGAAACAGGAAGUGACAGACCGAUGAUCAUGCCGUGACCUCUGACUGCACUGAAAUAGCAAACAACUGGAAUCAAGGCCUUGUCUGAUAAAAGUGCACAGUUUCACUCCGCUUGGGACUUUGACAGAAUAGCAAGUGGUCUACAAUGGAGAAGGAGGACCAAAAUGGGGUCAGUGUUCAGCUUGAGGACCCAUUCACUAGUCCGGACAUACCAGAGCCCUCUGGGUGUAAGAAGAGAUGCCGUUUCCUGCCUGCUGAUGCUUGGGAAGAAGCCAAACAGCUGCUGGCACUUGCUGGACCAACGUUCCUUUCAGAGCUCAUGGUCUUCAUGAUAAGUAUAGUGAGCUCCAUAUUCUGCGGACACCUGGGGAAGGUGGAACUGGAUGCUGUAUCUCUGGCAAUUGCGGUUAUAAACAUUACUGGUGUUGCUGUCGGGAUGGGAUUAGCAGGCGCCUGCGACACUUUGAUAUCACAGACGUACGGAGGACGCAACCUAAAGCUUGUAGGAACUAUCAUGCAGAGGAGCAUCUUAAUCCUUAUGCUUUUUUGCUUUCCUUGUUGGGCCCUGUUUAUUAACACUGAACCUAUUUUGCUCCUUUUUAAACAGGAUCCAGAAGUAGCCAGAUUGACCCAGAUGUAUGUACUGAUUUCCAUACCAGCCCUACCGGCUACAUUUCUGUACAAUCUUCAGUCAAAAUAUUUGCAAAACCAAGGCAUUGUUCUACCUCAAGUGUUAACGGGACUCACAGCAAAUAUUUUCAAUGCUUUAAUAAACUACAUUUUCCUGUAUGUGCUGAGCUUAGGAGUUAUGGGCUCUGCUUGGGCAAACACCGUAUCUCAGUAUAUCCAGAUGAUUUUGUUGUUUCUUUAUAUCAUAUGGAAAAAACUUCAUGCAGACACCUGGGGAGGUUGGUCCCGAGGGUGCUUUGAGGACUGGGGACAGUUUAUACGUUUGGCUAUUCCCAGCAUGUUCAUGUUGUGUAUCGAGUGGUGGGCAUUUGAAAUCGGAAUCUUCCUGACAGGAGCGCUUGGCAUGGUGGAACUUGGUGCUCAAGCAAUUAUAUAUCAGACAUCCAAUAUUGUGUUCAUGGUGCCUGUGGGUUUCAGUAUAGCAGCCAGUGUCCGUGUGGGACAGUCUUUAGGAGCGGGGAACAUCGAACAAGCAAAAAAAUCAACUGUAGUUGCCUUGUUUAUGACAGAAACAUGCGCUCUCAUGAGUAGUAUCCUGCUUGCCAGCCUGAAGGAUGUGUUGGGUUAUAUUUUUACGACGAAUGAAGAGAUAAUCAGCCUGGUCAGCUAUGUGCUCCCAGUGUACGCGGCACAUCACCUGUUCGAUGGAUGUGUGGCCACGUGUGGGGGCAUUUUACGGGGAACUGGAAAGCAGAAGAUUGGAGCCAUUUUCCACAUGGUUGGUUACUAUGUGAUAGGCCUUCCUGUGGAAAUCACACUAAUGUUUGCAGCCAAUUUUGGAAUAAUAGGUUUUUGGUUAGGAGCCCUCCUAUGUGUGAUGAUACAAGGAGUUGCCUUUAUUAUAUUUGUAUUUAAAAUCGACUGGAACAAAGCAUCAGAAGAGGCUCAAGUGAGGGCCAUGCUUAGAAUGAAGAGGGCUAAGGACAUAAACAACAAAUCAGCUAUUUAUCAGAGUCCGUCUCCAUCAGAUGAAACAGAAUGUCCUGGAGAUGUGGAACUUACUGAACUGGGUUGCACAGAGGGACAGAUUUCAGAACCUGCAGUAAAUGGGACGCCGCCACAUUCAGUCACGUUAACCAAAUCUCAGCUUGUGCUGCGCCGUAUGCUGGCCCUUGUAGCUGCAGUUGGGAUACUGGUGAUAGGGAUUAUAAUAAGAUUUUCUAUAUGAAUUUGUUUUUUUUUCUAGUGUUUUUGAAUGUUAGCUAAAAGUUUUGAUUUUUUUUUUUAAAUAUCUGAAGAACUUAUUGAUACAGACAAAGAGAUGAUCCGAGGAGCCAACUCCAACCAAAAUACAGAAAAUAAAGAUUAAGUUAACAGUGGAAUGGAAAAGAGUAAUAGAAAAAAUGCUGAUAAAGUUAUAACAGACAUCCAGAAUGCACAGAGACUUCUAUAGUUCUGUUUUUUAUUUCAAAUAUUUAUUUCUAUAGAAAAAUCAGUGUGUGUCUUAAGUCAAUUAUGGGAGCCUCUUACUUUCCUAAAUAAAAAAAAGUGGCACAAAACGUUCUCUUUA